UAUGCCAUCGUGCAUCUGUAUACACGUCACCUCUCCGUCACCAUUGUUAUCGCGCCGCUGGAGGAGCGCGACGGCCUGGCGUCGUUCUCGCAGUGCCGCGUGCUGCGGCGCAACUUCUCGGCGCUGCUGGCCGCCGCGCCCUCCGAGGAGGAGCUGCUGCUGCUGCCGCGGCCCGCGGACGACGCCAGCGCCGCCGCCGGGCCCUGCCACAGCGGCUGGCACUUCGACUACUCGCAGUACGCCACCACCGUCAUCACGGAGUGGGAGCUGGUCUGCGACAGGGACUACUACGCAACGCUGGCACUCGUGCUCCUGGGCGUGGGCGGCCUCAUCGGCAACUACAUCUUCGGGUACCUGCAGGACAGCAUCGGGCGACGUCCGGCGUUCUUCAUCUACUUGUUCAUCGAGUGCUUCUUCGGCAUCGCUACGGCAUUCGCUCAGGACUUCGUCACAUGGACGCUGCUACGCUUUGGACUCGGUUUCACCGUCCCUGCCAUCCUUGGAACACCGUACGUCCUUGCGAUCGAGUUGGUGGGCCCGGAGAAGCGCACGACGAUGACGAUAAUGAGCAACAUCGCGUACUCGUUCGGGCUGGUGCUGCUGUCUGCCGUGGUGUACCUGGUGCGCGACUGGCGCCAGCUGGCGCUCGCCACAUCAGUGCCGUUCCUCUCCUUCUUCCUCUAUUGGUGGGUGCUUCCCGAGUCCCCGCGCUGGCUGCUGGCGAGAGGUCGCUUCGAGGAGGCGGAGACCAUCCUGAAGAAGAUCGCACGCGUCAACGGCAAGUCGCUGCCGGCCAACUACAUGGUGCAGCUCAAGCGCAGGUUCCAGGUGGAGCAGCACGUGCAGCACCGCGAGAAGCAGCGCCGCUACGGCAUCACCGACCUGGUGCGCACGCCCAACAUGCGCCGCAAGACGCUCAUCAUCACCUUCAUCUGGUUCACUAACACGAGCGUGUACGUGGGUCUGUCGUACUACGCGCCUGCCCUGGGGGGCGACGAGUUCCUCAACUUCUUCCUGGCCGGCGUGGUGGAGCUGCCGACCUACCUGUUCCUGUGGCCGGCGAUGGAGCUGUGGGGCCGGCGCUGGACGCUGUGCCUCAGCAUGGCGGUGGGCGGCGCCGCCUGCCUCGCCACCGUCCUCGUCCAGAGCAAUCCGUCGCUGACGCUCGGGCUGUACUGCGUGGGCAAGAUGGGCAUCUCGUCGUCGUACGUGGUGCUGCCGCUGCUCGCCUCGGAGCUGUACCCCACGGUGGUGCGCGGCAUCGGCAUGAGCACUUCGUCCGUCUUCGGCAUGCUGGGUCCCAUCUUCAUCCCGCUGCUCAACUACAUGGGGGAGGAGAUGCUGGUGCUGCCGCUGAUGACGAUGGGGGCGCUGCUGGUGGCGGGCAGCGCGUGCAGCCUGCUGCUACCGGAGACGCUGCACCGUGGUCUGCCGCAGACGCUGGAGGACGGCGAGGCCUUCGGCCGCGACUGGAGCUGGAGGGACUUCAUCCGCUGCUGUCCGCCCAGAGUGGGAGAUGUGUCAAUGGAAGAUAAGCCAACGUCCUUAGAAUCACCACUAAGAAGCCUGGUGCUGCAGCACCACCAGAAGGCGGCGGCGGGCAGCGGCGCGGCACCGCGCGCCUCCGUCACGGUGAUCGACGGCGGCGCCGGCGCCAGCGACGCGCCGUCCUCGCCGCGGCAGCUGGACCUUCCUGGCGGCCGCCACUGCGUCGCCGCCGGCUGCGAGGGCGGCGCCGCCCCCGCCUCCACCACAGAACACGCCGUCCGCAUCACCGUCGUGUGAAGUCCGCCGCCCGACGCCCCGCUGACGACACAAGUGCCUUCUCCUGUCUGCUCCUCUCCGCCGGAGGGACCAAGCCACACUUUAGACAAACGCAAAUGUUACGACGUUUUUACACAUUUUAUGGAAUGUUAUAUUUAGUAAUAUAUAUUUACUGCUACGUGUAUUUGAUACGACAGAAAUUUAAAGAAGAAUCUCACGUUGUUACGAGAUUGACAGCUGUAGUGCUGUGUCAUUUGUUGAGUUAAUUAAAGUGUUAUAAUUACCA